AUGGAAAUACUACCCACCAUCAUCGCCGCCGCCGCGACCAGCGCAUGUCGCUUCCCCCUCAUCGCCCAGAGCGCCCUUGGCCAGCGCUUCUGCCCCCGCGCCGUCAUCCUCGACGAGGUGCGGGACCUGGCGCGGCGACUUUCGCCCACCUCGCAGGUCCUCUUGCCCAGCGACCAGGGCUUCUUCCAGGCUUCGCAACGAUGGAGCGCCUUUGGCGAGCCGAGGCCCGGCAUCGUCGUCAUUCCCGGCGUGGCGUCGGACGUUGCGGCAACGGUUCAAUACGCAAACGAGCACGGCAAGCCGUUUUUGGCCAUUGGCGGCCAGCAUGGCGCGACCAGCACGCUCGGUAAGCUCCGGGGCGGCAUCGGAAUCGCAAUGAGCACCCUUGACAGCGUCGAGCUGUCCGCAGACGGCCAGACGGCCAAGGUGGGCGGCGGCGCUCUCUCCAAGACGGUCAUUGACGCCCUGUGGGAAGCCGGCAAGCAGACGGUCACCGGCACCUGCGAGUGCGUCAGCCUGGUCGGGCCCGGCCUGGGCGGCGGUCACGGCUGGCUGCAGGGCCGCCACGGGCUCAUCGCCGACCAGUUCGUCUCCAUGGACGUGGUGCUCGCCGACGGCUCCGCGCGCACCGCCGUCGACGCGCACUCGGCCCCGGACCUGUGGUGGGCUCUACGCGGCGCCGGACACAACUUUGCCAUUGUCACGUCCGUCACGCUGCGCGUACAUGACAUUGUGCACCGCGACUGGGCGCGCGUCACCAUGAUCUUCUCCGGCGACAGGGUCGAGCAGGUCUUUCAGACGCUCCACGAUACCAUCUUUAAGAACGACGCGCAAGACGUCGACGUUGUGGUCUGGUCGUACUUUUUGCGAAUCCCCGAGCUCGACGCUGAAAAUCCCGUCGUCGUCGUUUACCUCUUGCAGGAAGGCGUGCAGGCCGUCGACGCCCGCCACGCGGCCGCGCUCCGGGCGCUCGGCCCCCUGAGCGUCGAGGACCGGCCGGGCACGUACCGCGACCUCGCGGCGUGGACCAUGAUUUCAGCCGCCGACGCGCCGUGCCAGAAGCUCGGUGCCGCCAACCUGCGCUUCCCGCUGUACCUCGAGGCAUACGACGUCGGCGCGGUGCAGCGCGUCUACGACCAGUUUGCCGCGGCGCUGCGCGAGACGCCCGCCUUUGCGCAGUCCAUGUUUCUGUGGGAAAACUACCCCGUGCAGGGCUUGCGCGCGCGCGCUGCAGCAGCAGAGGACAGCGCGUUUGCGUUUCGCGGCGACAGCAUCCUCGUGGCGCCGCUCAUCAACUUUCCGCCAGGCGACGAGGACGCGGCGCGCAAGGCGGUGGUGCUGGGCGAGGCGCUGCGAGACACGCUGCAUAAUGCGUCGCGGCGCGAGACGCGGCACACGUAUGUGAAUUAUGCGUUUCGCGAUGCAAAGGAGGAAAUGUACGGCGCCGAGGCGUGGCGUCGCGAGAAGCUGGCGCGGCUCAAGGAAAAGUAUGACCCGCAUGGGCGCUUCAACUUUUAUAAUCCCGUUGUUUGA